GCUUCCUCAUACAGCGUGUCUGUAUCAGAUGAGAAGAGAGGGGCUCUCCCGGAUUCCCUUGGAGCUGCUCUCCAGGAAAAAAGAAAUGUUACAAGAUUUUAUUUAUACCUCGUUUACCGGAUAGGAUCACUGCUGCUGUCUCUUUCUUUUUUUUUUUAAUUUAUCUUGUAUCAUCGAUUCCUGCCUUCUUCUUCUUUCUUCGUUUUUUUUUAAGAAGAUGCCGAUACGGGGAAGAAAAGUGAGGCAGACUAUGUCGGGAAUAGACAGUUUGGAGUAGGAAGCAGUGCAAUAAAUAAGGAAAAGGUCGAUUUAGUGUUUUUCUUGUCCUUCAGAUUAUCAUCUAUCUUUCUUUUUCUUUCUUUUUUUUAAUCCUGAAAUGCAGCAGCUAUGCGUACAGAAAGUAGCCUGUUUAUCUAUUUGAUUGCACCGAGAUUUUAAUAUGAGCAAAUAAAUAUCUGGCAUUAAAUGCCUAAAAGAAAACACCCAGACAAGGCUGCAGCUUCGCUCAUCAGGCUAUGAAGUAAAAGUUUGAUAUCAUUUUUAUGAACGGGCAUUACCUAUUUGCUUCAUACCUUGCUUACAGUAGGCUGCAGGGUAAGCAUUGACACCAAAUGCGAUUUACAAGCUGCAUUAUUGGAUAAACGCGCAGUGCCCGGUGCGAGCUGAUCUCCUCAGAUUGUAGCAUUAUCGGAAAUAUAUUGAAAUAAAAGAAAACAGGAACUUUGCGGAGGGGUUUUCCCCCUGUUUCCUGUGCUUGAUAUUUUGUUUAAAGGCAGUAGCAAAAGGGUCUGUCUCGAAAAAACUCCGGAGAGCUAGGCUAUAUGAAGAUCGCCACACAGUUGUUGGUUUUCCCUCGCAGAAAUGCCAGUGCGUGCUGUGACCACCAGGUUCAUGUACAAGGGACUUUGCACUAUUCCAGAUGUCCUCUCCUACCGGACCCCUGUUAUCCUGCCCGAGGAUGAGGUGGAAGAGAUUCGCGAGGCGUUCAAAGUAUUUGACAGAGAUGGAAAUGGAUUUAUCUCAAAGCAGGAGUUGGGGAUGGCCAUGCGCUCACUGGGCUACAUGCCCAAUGAGGUGGAGCUGGAGGUUAUCAUCCAAAGACUUGACAUAGAUGGUGACGGUCAAGUCGGCUUUGAGGAAUUCGUCACAUUGCUUGGUCCUAAACUUUCGUCUGCUGGAAUGCCCGAUAAGUUCCACGGAGCAGACUUUGAUUCAGUGUUUUGGAAGUGUGACAUGCAGAAACUGACAGUGGAUGAGCUUAAGAGACUGCUUUACGAUACUUUUCGUGACCACCUCACCAUGAAAGACAUUGAGAACAUCAUCAUGACUGAGGAAAGCCACCUGAACAGUCCAGAGUCCCACGUGGAUAUUGACACAAGCCCAACACAACAGGAAAAACACACAUGCGUGCGUAAAAGCCUGAUUUGUGCCUUCGCCAUUGCAUUCAUCAUCAGCGUUAUGCUCAUUGCAGCAAAUCAAAUGCUCCGCAGAGGAAUGAAGUAAAUGCUUGUUUCCAGCUGGUUACAAGGAGAUUAAAGGACAGACAAUGGAAGAAAGCAAACAUUAACCAAAAUACUUGACAGUUUUUUGGUUUUGUUCAAUGUUUUCAACACCCACGAUGAUGCUAUCACAGCUUCCCUCUAUAAUGGAUGAAAUGAUCUCAUGCAAUGGUUUUGUAUGGCCACUAAUCAUAACAUACCAUGGUUAAAAGGAUAGAACGAAAUGAAGACAUUUCAAGGGCUGAUUAGUAUUCUAAACAGUGAGUCAAAUUUCUGAUGUUUUCUAAGAAAUUAGUUAGGAAACCCAAAUGUAGAAGACUUCAGUAUUUCAGUGUACAGUAUGUGCUGUAGUAAUAGCUGUGCUGUGUCUAACAAAACAAUUAAUGUUGCUGAUGAGAACUCUGCCAUUGGGAAUAAUGAUAGUAUUGAUGAUAGUAAUUAAGCAAUAUAAAAGUGUUGAUGGGCUACAUAUUAAAUAGUUUGAAAUCAUAAGGAUAAAUGUCUGGACAUAAUGUGUCUCUUUUAAAUGAAGUGUUUAUUUUAUUGCCAAUAUUUCCAGUCCGGUCCAGUUCACAUCCAGAAAUACUAAACCAGAAUCAUCUGUGAUCUGAAUUUAAACAAAAGAGCAGCUGAACAGAUUCAAAACACAGGACUGGAUGACUCAUCUAAGCUGUACAAGUCUGUUGAAUUCAAUAUUUAACAUAUAGACAGCUUUUGAUGGUUCACAAUAUUGGUCCAGACAGAAAUAUCUCAAACAGUUCCCAGAGAACAAAUCUUAGUGACUUUUUUUUUUGAUCUCCUGACUUUUGCUUUAAAGCCGCUAGUAGAUCAAAGUUUUCUCUUAUCCUGUGAAAUACUACUGGAUGGAUUGGUAUAUAAUUUGGUACAUUUAUGGUUUGUUGAGGAUUUCUUUCAAUUAUUUUGGUUAUCCCUUGAUUUUUCCUGUAGCAUCAGCAUGAGGUUGUGGUUUUUGAGUGAAAUGUCUCAACCGUUGACGACUGAAGUGCCAUGAAAUUUGGACAUUCAUGUGCCCAUACGAAUAACUGUAAUACAUCCGUGAUUCCUUAACCUUUCAUGUAGUACCACCAUGAGGUCCAAUACUUUGGUUUAUGACAGAAUUUUUAAUGACAUUCAUACUCAACCUCAGUGUUUAGUGCUACUUAGCAAAUGAUAGCAUGCUCAUACGUGCUGCAUGUUAAUAUUGUCAAUGUGAGCAUGCUGCCAUGCUAGCAUUAGCAUUUAGCUCAAAGCACUGUCAUGCCUAAGUACAGCCUCUCAGAGCCGCUAGCAUGGCUGUAGACUUUUGGUCUCGUAAAAAUAUUGUGAAGCUACACAUGUCUUUAGAACAACGCACAGGGGGUGUGAAAUCACGCAAAUCUGUCAGGUGCACUGCUUAAAUGCUACAAACAGCAACCAUUUCAUAUUUUGUAAAGCAUCAUGUUACUAUCCAACUAGAGCUAGCUCAGCUUAAACUGAAGUAAAAAGGCACAUGAUAUUUACAAGCAAAGAAAAAAAAAAUCCCAAAUGUUUCCGUCAUGACAACGAGAAGUACAAAAAAACCCAACAAUUUGAAUAAACUGGUGAACAAGCACAGGAACACACCGGACAGCACUGCCAAAAAAGAAGGAUGGAAAAGAGACGUGGAAAUUCCACCACACACUGCAGACUCAUGUCAGCUGAUCUGCAGAGAAAUCCCACGGUUCAUUUCUGAAGACGUCACACUUUUCUAAAAAUUAAUGGGUUUGUUUUAAAGCUCGGGGUGAGCCUUCUUGGCUGAGCAGCUUGGGAUUGAUUUGUAAAUCAAACAGCUGUUUUCUCAGCUGGAAAUGUGAAUUAAGCGGAGGUGAACAGUUAAGUUGAAAUAAAAGACAGGGUACAGAAGGAAAUCACAAAAUCCCUCUAAGAAAUAUCAGUGUGCAGAGUUAUUUAUGCAAAAAGUCCAGAACAAACAUUAAUAUUAAUCUAUUGACCAUCAUGUAACUUGGUAAAACAUGGUUUAUACUCACAGUCUGCUGUGACACAUGCACAAUUUUGCUGCAUAUUUCAAAUCUGUGCAUCCAUGAUAGGCAUCACAAUGAAACACAACUGGGUUGCUCUAUGAACUGAGCUACCAGCUGUGAACAAAUUCAACCAUGACCGAGUUUAUGUUUCGACAAAACACGGUGUUAACUGUCACAAUGAGAGCUAAUGAGGAUGAAAUUAACACGACACACACUUGCAUGUGCAUUAAACUAGAAAUAAAUGUGUGUUCUAUGUGUGUGAGAUCAAAUUUUGAAUUCAGAUGUAUGUAUUCAAAUAAUUAUGCAAUUUGUAAAGUGAUUGUUGCAAAAAAAAAACAAAAAAAAAAAAACUCAGUAUUUGACAUUUUCCUGUAAAUGUCGAAUUUUUGUGGAUGUGCAGACGAUAUCAAAAAUACUAAAUACUUUGCAGUAUGCUGUGAACGAUAAUUUAACAUAUCAUGAAAAAUGUUGUUUUCUGGCUUUUUACAUGGACCACCAAAACAACAUAUUGUUUAAAGUAUAACAUGGUUAUAUUUUCUUACUUGAAAGUGAUACAUUAAAUCUAUGUGAUUUUAUUAUGAAUGUAAGCGUAAUGUUUUGUAUAAAACAAACAAUACAGAAAAUAUACAAAAAAUAUCAGGUUUCUGAUGUAUAAUUUCCAGGCUGACUGGACAUAUUCACUUACAUUAACUUUUCAGAUUUGUUAAGAUUCAUUUUUCAGGAUGAUUUCUUUAAUAAAUACUUGUCAAAUUUGAUUUUACAAAAUGCUAUAUAUUUUUUCUUGCUCUUUUUAUCUUGAAGUUUAUCAAAGCUAUAUCACAAGAGGAAAAGUGUGAAACAGUGAGACUCAUUCUGGCAAUAAAAGUGAUAUUUUAUCUCGUAUAUAGUAUCUGUUUAAGUCUACUUAUAUGACAUCACAUUACCUCUUCAUGUGAACAUAUCAUGUAAGGUUAUGGGUUUUGUGUGAAUGCAAAAUAUACUUAUCGUGUCAAAUCUUGUCAUAUGACAUAUAAGCAAAUAUCGUGUCCUAUUCUGUAUGUUACAGUGUUUUAAUGAGCAGAUUUAUGUACAAUUUGUCUUAAUUGUUGUUAUCAAUUUAAUUUGGACUGUAUAGAUGUCUUCUGUUGUGUGCCUUUGUCAUUUGGAGUAAAAACUGCACUUUCAUGCCUUGACUUAAAGUAGCUUUAGACAGACUUUUAGAAAGAUGGGACAUCCAUUUGACAAAAUCACCACCUUUGACAAAAAUAAAUCUGAAGUUAAAUGUAUUUUUGACUUGAAAUGACUUGUCCGUAAUACAAUAAGUAUUCAUGUCUUUCAGGCUCCCCUAUAUUCUUGAUAAAAGUUUCCAGUUAACAUUUGUUGUACCAUCCUACUGUGACAUUACUACUAACUCUAAUGUCUAGAUUGAGAAUAUCCAGCGCUGUUUUAUUUGUUACUGCACAUGUAGAGGUUACUGCAUCAAUUAUACACUAAUGUAAGUGGUGUCUAGAUGCAUGUAGUCCAAUAAAAAUCAAAGGCAUUAAAAAUGAACUUGCUCUCUGUUGUUUUCUAUUUAUAAAUGUGACAUUGGUCACAAAUUAAAACCACAUAGUUGAUGCUAACAUCGAAUACAGAGGAUUAAAAAGAAGAGCAGAUCUUGGUGAGGAUGUUUCUCAGAGAAACAGAGUAAAAUUCUGAAUUCAUUCCACAUUCAACAGUUUAAGACCAGGAGCCCUCCAGGAGGGGAGAGCAGUCAGGAUCCGUUGGUGUGAUGGCCAUGCCAGUGCAGCAUUGGGCAUGUUAAGCAGGCAUUAGUAACAGAGCAAAGACUGCAAAGAUUUUCUUUGUACUUAUAUAGUGCUGCACUUUAUCUAGCACGUACACAAGCAUCCAUGCUUUGGAAUUAAGAAUAACUGUAUUCAUAAAGUCUGAGAGUACAUGAAGUAAUUUAAGAGGCUUAGAUCUGCGGUUAGGAGGUGAAGUGUCACUUUUUUUAAUAUACAGCAUACACCUCUUAGAUUCAAGUUGGCGGUUUAUGUGAAAUUCAUUAAGGGAGCCGAAUUAUUCACAAGAGGGAAGCUUCAGAGUGCAUGAAUGAAUGAAUGAAUGAUGAAAGCUGCCUUAAAGUGUAACUAAACCCUCAAACCACUUAUUUCAGAUCCAGUUUAUUUAAUAACCAGUUCCAAAUCUGGCAGUUUAGUGCAAAGUAUUUGAAUUACACAUAUUGUGGUAAAAAUGUGCACAGCUACCUCCCUCUACUGGUUGAAACGUGGAUGUUGCAUUAGAAAGUCGCUAUUGGCUGAUUUUGGGGGCAGGUGACAUCAUGGUGGCAGCUUUCAUCACCAAUCAACGAGGCCACGCCCACUAUAAUGACUGUCCUCUGCUCAUUUUUAAUUCAAUUUGCUGAGGGAAAGGGGGCAAACUUUGGGGAAUUUAGUUACAUUUUAAUGAACAUAAUUAGGGCUACAGUGAGGGAUGCGUUUGAAGGGGGGUUACGGGACAUACAAAGAGGACUGACAAACAAUAAAUAAAGCCACAUGCUCAAUAGUUAAAUAUGACAUGACAAUAUGAAAUAUUAGUUGCACUUUUCAAAGCCAACCAUUUACUUUAAAAAGUACCUUUUUACAUUUUAUUUACCAUCUUUACUAUUUAGGAAGUUAAGUGGUGUUUUCCAGUGGCUGGGUUAAAAAAAGAAAAGAAAAAAAAAAUUCAGUCAGAUCAGUGAUUCCCCCCGGUGACGCAGCACGGGAUUAAAAUAAA